AGAAGGAAUACUCUCACAGGGACAACUAUACCAAGAAGUCUGACAUGCUGCUUUUUGUGAGGCCUCCUUCAUUGGUUGUCUUCUAAGACACAGUAGGAUAUUUAUGUCUCACUUGCUGGUAUUAAAAGGUGCUGGUGGCUGACGGCGGCAGUUUGACCCCUGGUGGUGGUGCAUUCUUCACAAACCCCCUCCCUUUUUUGUUGUGUGUGUGUGCAGUGUCACGGGUGGUUUAUUUUGAGGAUCCCUUCUCCCUUUUUGGUUUCUGCCGCAUGGAACCUCCCUCCGAGCUGUCUAUCUGGGACAUGGCAGCAGCCAGCAGUCUCCUCUCUGAAGAUCAGUUUCUAUGCUCCAUCUGUCUAGAUGUAUUCACUGAUCCAGUCACCAUACCAUGUGGACACAACUUCUGCAAGACCUGCAUCACACAUCACUGGAAUAUUAAUGACCAGACUAAGUGCCCUGUAUGUAAAAAACAGAUUGAUGGAAGAACUGAACUGCAUGUCAACACUUUUAUAUCUGAGAUGGCUGCUCGAUUCAGGCAGUCAGUUAAAAUAAAAGCCAGCAGCAGCUCACAGCAUCACCGAGCAGACAUAGGAGAAGUUCUCUGUGACGUCUGCACUGAAACCAAGAUGAAGGCCCUGAAGUCCUGCCUGGUGUGUCUGGCCUCCUACUGUGAGACUCACCUGGAGCCUCACCAGAGAGUCACAGGCCUGAAAAUACAUACGCUGAUUGAUCCUGUGGAGAACCUGGAGAGCAGGAUGUGUAAGAAGCAUAAUAGACCUCUGGAGCUGUUCUGCAAGACUGACCAGAUGUGUGUGUGUCAGUUCUGCACUGAGUCAAGUCACAAGAGACAUCAUGUCAUUUCUCUGAAAGAUGAAUAUGAAGGAAAGAAAGCUAAACUUGGAAAGAUAGAGGCUAAAGUUCAGCAGAUGAUCCAGGAGAGACGACUGAAGAUCAAGCAGUUCAAAAAGUCAGUGGAGCUCAGCAAGGAAGAUGCAGAGAAACAGACAGCAGCGAGUGUGCAGGUCUUCACUGCUCUGAUCCAGUCUGUUGAGAGAAGUCUGGCUGAUCUGAUUGAGAUGAUUAAAGAGAGGCAUAACACAACAGAGAAACAAGCAGAAGGCUUCAUCAGAGAGCUUGAAGAGGAGAUCUCUGAGCUGAUGAAGAGAAGCUCUGAGCUGGAGCAGCUCUCACGCACUGAAGACCACCUCCUGCUUCUCCAAAGCCUCCUGUCCUUGAAUCCAUUUCAACCCACCAAGGACUGGACAGAGGUAAGAGUUCACUCAUCAUGUGAGGGCGCUGUUAGGAGUACUGUGACUCAGCUGGAGGGGACACUCAGUAAAGAGGUUAAAAGGUUGUGUGCCAACCUUGAGGUGAAGAGGGUCCAGCAGUUUGCAGUGGAUGUGACUCUUGAUCAUGAAACAGCAAAUCCCCAUCUCAUCCUGUCUGAUGAUGGGAAGCAAGUCAGUUAUGGUGACAUGAAGCAGAAUCUUCCCGACAACCCAAAGAGAUUUUCUUUAUAUUCUGUCCUCGGAAAGCAGAGUUUCUCUGUGGGAAGAUUUUACUAUGAAGUCCAAGUCAAAGGGAAGACUGCCUGGACUUUAGGAGUGGCCAGAGAGUCUGUCAACAGAAAGGACACCUUCAUCACUUUGUCCCCAACAAAUGGCUACUGGACUGUAUGCAUGAGUAAAAGAAAUCAGUAUGAAGCCUGUGCUGGCCCUUCAAUCCAUCUCUCUCUCAAGUCAAAGCCUCAGAGGGUGGGGGUGUUUGUGGAUUAUGCAGAGGGUCUGGUCUCCUUUUAUGACAUUGAUGCUGCAGCUCUCAUCUACUCCUUUACUGGCUGUAGGUUCACUGAGAAGCUCUACCCAUAUUUCAAUCCAUGGCAUAAUAGUGAUGGUAAAAACGCCACUCCCUUAACUAUUUGUUCCAGUUAUCACAGUGAUUAGACUAAUCAGAGUCACUGUCAUGUAAAUGAACUAAAUCACCUCACAGGUGUUUGAGUUUCCUGUGUUUUUUUGGGGGGUUUUCUUUUUGUCUUUUUUAUGUUUCUCAUUACUGCAGAAAUAAAACAGUUUGCACAUCUACAUAUCUGUCAUUUCAGUGGGUUUUGCAACCAUUAAAAAAAACAAAAUCUGAAGUAAACACUGAAUUUAUUUACAAUGUAAAUUUUAGACUGUAAAA